GUACCGACCGCCCGGUGAAUUUUUAAUCAGCAGUGAUCCUCAUCUUAAUGUGUGUUUGACCAUAGAGUAAGGACAGAGAUGGUUUGACAAACAAGUGUUUAUCCGAAUCUGGAGCAUUGGGCUGACUUGGUCUAGGUUCAUCAUUUGUCAUAAUUUAUUUCCCUCGUCAUCUUCAGAUACAUUGCAUCCAGGCUUUACCGAACUGAGAGCAAAGGUAAAUACAACAUCGACGACCGCAGUGUGCAAAAUACUCUGCCAGUUCUGCCUCCUCGACCUCCUCCGAGCGCCGUGAUCCUGCGCUUCUAAUUAAUUCUUCACGGUCGAGUGACACCACCAUCUCCUCUGCCUGCUCUGCUGCUGACUGCUUUCAUCUCCCUGUGGAUGUCUCUUUGAGUUGGGUUUGUGCUGCAUUUCAUACCAUCUUGUUGGCAGGAGAUAGACGCAAGAGACAAAUUUAAGGAUUUUGCAGUCGGGAAGUUGUCCUUUUGACGUGAAGAGGUCGUCUCGUCGAUUCAUCAUCAAUCAUCAUGGCGGAAAGCCCAACCGAGAAGACGCACAUAGCCAGCAAUGAGAUGAUGCCGAUGUCGACUCAUGACACAGCACAGCUGGUUGAGAAAGGGGCAGAGGCAGCCCUUGAUGAUUCUAAGGAUCAAGAUCGCAGUGGCAUUCCAGGAGCUAGCUUCAAUAUCGCUAAUAGCAUUCUUGGAUCCGGAAUUAUAGGUUUACCAUAUGCCAUGAAGAAGGCCGGUCUACCCCUGGGAAUUAUACUUAUUCUGCUAAUAGCUGGUGUCACAGAUUAUUCUCUUCUUCUGUUGAUCCGUGGUGGUGAGCUCUCUGGAACCACCACUUACCAGGAUCUCGUCCAGGCCACUCUUGGAAUACCUGGUUUCUACUUUCUCUCUUUCAUCCAGUUCUGUUAUCCGUUUGUGGCGAUGAUCGGCUACAAUGUGAUCAUUGGUGACACAAUCACGAAGGUGUUCGAGCGAUUAUUGAGCGAUGACCAUGUUCUUGCGAACCGGUACUUUAUCAUCAGCAUCAUCACGGUGCUGAUUUCUCUUCCCUUCUCGCUGUAUCGCAAUGUCUCCAAACUUGUUAAGGUGGCCAUAGUAUCUAUUGUACUUCUUGUAGUGCUCAUCAUAAUAAUGUACAUCAGGGUCGGAACUCUACACAUUCCGCCCACGGAUGGUGCGUGGAACUUUGCUAACUUCCAGUUCACUGAGUCUAUUGGGAUCAUUACAUUUGCCUAUAUCUGCCACCAUAAUUCCUUCUUGGUCUACACAUCCCUGGAGACACCAGACUCACACAACUGGUCAAAGGUCACACACUCGGCCGUCGUCAUGGCAACCUUUCUCUCCAUCUUAGUUGGCUUGGGUGGCUUCAUCACCUUCACUGGUUACACCCAAGGUGACGUUCUGCAGAAUUACUGCCACACUGAUGAUCUGGCCAAUGUCGGACGGGUUGUGUUUGCUGUCACCAUCGUCUGCACCUACCCAUUGGAGUGCUUUGUGUGCAGAGAGGUCCUUGAGAAUUUCAUUGUGCAUCAUGGGUGGGCGACCUCUCCUCAGCCCAUUCAACGCCACCUGAUCCUCACCCUCGUCCUAGUGGGAUUAACCCUAGGCUUCUCCAUGAGCACAUCGUGUCUAGGAAUCGUCUUAUCCAUAAACGGGAUAAUAGCUGCUGUUCCAUUAGUCUUCAUGCUCCCCACGCUUUGCUACAUCCGUCUGGCCGAGGGUCACUGGUACGCGCUUCACAAGGUUCCCUCCCUCAUCAUCUUCUGCUUCGGGGGUCUGGUCUGCAUCUUUGGCCUGGUGACCAUUUUCAUCGAUCCGUCGAGCUCGCAGUGCAACAGCAAAGAUCUGCCGUACUGCAUGAGCGAUAACAGCACAGCAUUACCUACAGCGAUGUAUACCUCUUCGUGAUGGAGUUAGCUCGUGGUGCCCGAACGGGGUAUGGUAGUACCCUGAUGGGAAGAACAAGUCUCCAAUCGAGGUUAUGGUAUCACCCGAACGGGAUAGUAUAUGUAGGUGAUUGUGUAUUAACAUUCCUUGUGCUAACCCCCAACUAAACCCAAACUGUGGUAUGGAUUCGAAACGGCUCAAACCAUCAAUGGGUCCAGUUCUGCCAAUCUUAAUAGAUGUUUAUUUUGGUGUUGUGUAUGAAAAUCUCACCUGGCCAGUGAAAUAAUAUUCCAAAAGCCUUUUUAAAACACCAGGGGUCGAUUCUGCAAAGAGUUAGGACUAGUCCUAAGUCCUAAGUUAGGACUAGUCCUAGGAGAUAUAAAAAACUGAAGGCUAGUCCUAAGUUAGGCAUGUAACUAGUCGUAACUCGAUAUAACACUUGUCUUAACUCUUUGUGAAAUCCACCCCAGGGCCCAGUUUCACUGCUCUGCUUACCGGGGGGUUCUUACUGGGGAAUUAGUCACUAUUUUGCGCUAGCUGUGCAAGCAACGCUUUGCGUCGUACGCACAACAAUUUCUUGCUUACCUAUGGGGUUUUAAUAUCAGAAUCUAUAAGCAUUUUUUUUUGUCCAACGACAGUAAGCAGAGUCGUGGAAAUAGGGUUGUGUGAGCUCCUUUGGGACCCCAAAGAAGAGGAAAAACAAACCUGCCUUUCCUUCUGGAUAAUUUUUUUAUUUUCUUAAUUUUUAUUUUAGUCGCCCUAUUUUUUUAACAACAUUUGGAUCACAACUUUUUAAUUGCGAUGUUUCUCGUUGUGUAUGUAAAUAUUCUCGAGUGGUUCUGAAUAGAUUUAAAUAUAUACUUUUAGAACAAUAGAAAUCGCUGUGUCAGUGCAAAAACGUAUCUCCCAAGUAGCAAUUAUGUGAGUUAUGCAAGUUUGAAAGUCUCAAAAUAUAUCUGGAGCCUUUUAGAGCCAGAGAGAACAUUUUUGCACUAUCAAAACGUUUUUUUGCACUGAUGCGACAAAACAAAACAUGAAGAAUGCUGGGCUCUUAUGUGACUGCUGUGCACGCCCUCUAUGUCAGCUAUGAACAUCAGUACCAUGUGACAUGCGUGUGGCCAAAUGGACCAGAUCAACCAAUGGGAAAGCUGGAAUUGGUCAGACAGCUAAAAUUGUAGCGCACAUGGGUUGCCUCAAAGCAGGAUGCACAGCAUUUGGAUUUUUUUGUGUUUUAAAUAUAAUAUAUUUAAAAUAUAUAGCCUAACUGUGGCAUUUAUUCAAAAGAAUUGUACUAAAAAAAAAAAGUAUGUUCUACAAUAUGUUGUGUUAAGUUGCUUGUAAAUUUGGUCAUAUUUUAAAACACUUAUUUAUUAUAUUGCUAUCUGUAUGUAUAUUUGUAUGAUUUAACCUAAAAAGAAAAUGUAUGUAUAGGUCAAUGGAUAUACAAAUAACUGCCUUUUAGUUUUUGUGGGGUGUGUGUGUGUGUGUGGGGGGGGGGGGGGGGGGGGUCCGUCCUAGAAAAUAUGCAUGUCAGUGGAGCAGACUAGAUCAUGUGUGAAGAUGGUGCAAUAAUAAGGGCGGACGUAGAGUUAUUUAGGGGCAUUUUCAGUAUUAAAUUUUGUCUUUGUGAACUUUGGCCCACCACAUUGCUUUUAGCAUGCAAGAAGAGAAAUAGGUCUUGUUACGCAGGCACUGGUCAAGGCUAGGGCAUGCCAAUAGACCCCUUGCAUGUGACGUCACAUACUCAAACAGCGCCCUCACUGGGGUCAAAAGAGGCAAAUAAUAGACC